UGUGUGCAUGGGAAAUGUGGAGCCAUAUCUAUAUAUAUUACACAUCAGCCAGAUAUGUAUAAAUGUGUGCAUGGGAAAUGUGGAGCCACAUUUAUUAUUGCAUAUGGGCUAGAUAUGUAUAAAUGUGUGCAUAGGAAAUGUGGAGCAAUCUAUAUCUAUUGCAAAUGAGUCAAAUAUGAUAAGAUGUGUGCAUGGGAAAUGUGGAGCCAUGUAUUUACAUGACCCCCUUGAUGUACAUCAUAAUGGAUGUGUUUCAUAAUACCUCAUGAUUUUAACAAAUAAUAUAAUAAAAUUGAGCAUGGAUAUGAGUAGCAAUAUUUUGGCAAAUUCCAGUAUGAUAAGGGGGAGGAUGUGGGGGGGGGGUGUAAUAUUUAGAUAUUUUCUUCCAGCUUGCUCACAGCUGUGUUUCUGCAUAAUAUUACUAAUAUUUACUUGACCUGUUUCAGAAUCGGAUUCUCAGAAGUCAAACCAGACAGACAGUUCCAGAUAUUUUUAGUGAAGUUGAUCCUGAAGGAUUUACAGUGAAACAGCUGCCUGACAAAGGUAGAGCAGUCUUUACCACCAAAACGUUUGAAGAGGGAGAAUUCCUUUUGUGGUACAGAGGAGAUCUGGUAACCAGAGAUGUGGGGGAAAGAAGAGAUGCAGACUGUGAAACUUGCUUCAGAUACUUUUUCACAUGGAAAGGGACGAAAUGGUGUAGGGAUGCAUCAGUCGAACCAACUAAACAACAACUGGGACGACUCGUCAACCAUGGUUGGAGGGGUGAAGUCAACAGCAGAAUGAAGAUUAGAGAGAACCCUCACAAUGAACCAGAACUGGUUCUCUUCUCAUUGAAGAAAAUCAAAGAAGGUGAAGAAGUGUUAUAUGAUUAUGGGGUGGGAGAUAAUUUUGUAUUCCCAAGUCCUACUCAAUUACACAGUGGAGUCCAAGAUGAAAAACCUGAAAUUCUGCAAAAUUCUGCAAACCUCCCACCAGACCCAGAAAAAGUUUGUUCACCAUUCUCCGAGCCUGCCACACAAGAACUACUGGAACCAGAUGGAAACUUUUCACAGUCCAAUGUUCGAGCUGAUGAUGAUGAAACAUCUGAAGAUCGAUGCAGAAACCCCCUAAUAACGAAACAAAUUGGGAACCAUCCCCUAAGCCUGCCACACAAGCUUUAAUGGAAUCAGAUGGUAAGAUUUCACAGUUCAGUGUUUCAGCUGAUAAUGAUGACACAUGUGAUGAUCCAUGCCGGAACCCCUCUAAUAACCAAGAACAUUGGGAACCAUCCCCUGAGCCUGCCACACAAGCGUUAAUGGAAUCAGAUGGAAAGCUCUCCCAGUUUGAUGUUCCAGUUGAUAAUGAUGACACAUGUGAUGAUCCAUGCAUAAACCCCCCUAAUAACCAAGUGCAUUGGGAAUCAUUUACUGAGCUUGCCACACAACCUUUAAUAGAACCAGAUGGAAACCUUCCACUCUCCAAUGUUCUAACUGAUGAUGCUGAAACAUCUGAUGAUCUAUGCAGAAACCCCCCUAAUAACGAAACAAAUUGGGAACCAUCCCCUGAGCCUGCCACACAAGCUUUAAUGGAAUCAGAUGGAAAGAUUUCACAGUUUAAUGUUUCAGCUGAUAAUGAUGACACAUGUGAUGAUCCAUGCAUAAACCCCCCUAAUAACCAAGUGCAUUGGGAACCAUUUACUGAGCUUGCCACACAACCUUUAAUGGAACCAGAUGGAAACCUUUCACUGUCCAAUUUUCUUGCUGAUAAUGAUGACACAUCUGAUGAUCUAUGCAGAAACCCCCCUAAUAACCGAGAGCACUGGGAACCAUUCCCUGAGCCUGCCACACAAGCAUUGAUGGUACCAGAUGGAACCCUUUCACAAAAUAUUUUUUCAAGUGAUAAUGAGGACACAUUAUCUGACCAUAAUGAUGAUAGUGAUGAUGAUCCAGACUAUGUCUGUGAUUCUCAAGGAGAUUCUGACUCUUCAGGGAAGACUUCAUUAAAUAAUUCUCAAGCAUCAUUGCCUAAGGCUAAAUGUACAUCAAUAAAUGGCAUCACUCGAUCACUGAAAUCUCUGUCAUCAGAUCAGUCAUUGGAGGCAUCAUCAAGAUAUGGAGGCAUUGAUGCUGACCAUGAGGGGAUAACUGUGAUGAAGACCAACAAUCAAGGAGGGCGAAAAUAUGACAAGGUAGCUUAUUGCAUGAUGUGUGAGAAGCCCCACAAAAAACUUCCUGAUCACCUGCGGUCACAACAUUCCAAUGAAAUAAAGGUGGCUCAAUACAUGGCAGCAACGAAUCGAAAAGAAAAGGAUAAGCUAUUGACAUUGAUAAGAAAUAAAGGAAAUCACAUGCACAACUACAGGGUCUUCGAAAAGGGUCAUGGAGAGCUUGUGGUCGUAUAUAGACCUUCUUGUGAAGCAAAGCCCCGUGAUUAUCAGCCUUGCAAAGAUUGUUUGGGAUGGUUUGCGAAAGCCGAAUUGUGGAAACACCGCUGCAUUUUGAAGCAAGAAGAGCCGGCUAAGGAGCAAAAGAAAAAACGAAGAAGACUAUUAGCACAAGGUCGACUCUUGCUUCCACCAGUGCCCUGCACAUCAAGAGAUUCUAUAACACACAAAGUACUGAGUGGUCUCAGCGAUGAUGAAAUCAAGGCCUGCAUUCUAAAUGAUCAGUUGAUUCUAGAAUUGGCCAAGGUGUACUCUAAGAAAUUGGGCCAUGACGAAGAACAGCACAACCACAUCAGAUGCAAGUUACGAGAACUAGGAAGACUUGUACUUCAGUUCAGACGUUGCAGCUGCAAUGGCAAGGCAAGUCUGACUUCCCUGAUAUCACCAAAUGGUUUUAUGACUGUCUUGAGUGCUGUCAAGAAAGUGGCAGGCUUUGAUGAGGAGAACCACUUGUUCAAUACACCAAGUCUAGCACUUAAGCUGGGACAUACCUUAAGAAAGGCUGCCUUUGUGCUCCUGAGUAAGGCUUUGAUGGACAGAGAUGGGGAUGACAUGCAGAAACUUGUAGAAAAGUUCAUCAAGCUGCUGGACACUUGUUGGGGAUCUGAAAUCUCUACUCAUGCUCUACGAACUUUGUACCAGAGGAAACGAAACCAGCCCAAACUCCUACCCCUAACGAGUGAUGUUGUGGCUUUGUCAAGACACCUAGAGGUACAGGCUGAACUUUGUGUAGACAAACUGUCAUCUGGGACCGCAAUCGAAAACCAUAGCACAUGGAGAGAACUCAACAAGACCAUGCUGGCUCAUCUCAUUGUGUUUAAUAGGAGGAGACAAGGGGAAAUCAGCAAGAUGACUCUUGAUGACUACAAUAAAAUCAAGAAAGGUGAAUCUCAUAUGGUGGAAGGACAACUAGAGAUGCUGAAAGACUGGGAAAAAAAUCUUGUAAAGUUUCUCUGGAGAGUUGAGGUAGUAGGAAAACGUGGCAGGACAGUGCCGAUCCUUGUGACAGACUCCAUGAAAUCAUGUGUAGACACCCUUGUAUCCCACAGGGAGGAAGCAGGUGUAAACCCAAGCAACAAAUACCUGUUCGCUGUAGCCAAUAGUGACACUACAUCUCAUGUUCGAGGGUCAGAUGCUCUCCGUGAGCUGUCAGAAGCAUGUGGAGCACAAAAUCCUUCAACACUUCGAUCCACAAAAUUACGGAAGCAUGUAGCUACCAUGUCACAACUAAUGAGCUUGAGGGACCAUGAGAUGGACGCCUUAGCAAACUUCAUGGGCCACGAUAUUAGGAUACAUAGGGAGUAUUAUAGACUGCCAGAUGCUGCUAUGCAGGUGGCCAAAAUAUCAAAGAUCCUGUUCGCCAUGGAGGGAAAAGCUGGGAACCCGGUCCAGCUGAUUGGCACUGCAAAAAGUCUGGAUGAGCUUCAAAUCAAGUUAGAUGAAGAGAUCGACACUGGAGAACAGGGACCUGAAUCAUGUGAUGACAAUUGUGACAGCGAUGUUGAUUCUGGUGAUCAUGAUGUCGAACGUCAGCUACCUGGAUGCUCCCAAAAAGGUACCAAAAGGCAAAGGCAAACGCAACAUGUACUGGAAGAGGUUGAUGAACAGCCAAUAAGGAAGAAACGAAAGACAGCAUGGAGCGAUGCGGAAAAGUCGGCUGUCCAGAGACGUUUAGGAGCCUUUAUGACUGUUCAUUCUAAGCUACCUGGCAAGAGAGCGAUAGACGAAUGCUUGAAAGCUGAAGCUGUGCUGAAACACAGAACGUGGGUCAACAUCAAAGACUACGUAAGAAACUCGAAGGUUACCAAAAGCAGAAAAACACAGCCUUGGUAAAAACAUUCCCUUUAAUAUCAAAUCACC